AUGGCUGACCCGGCGCCUGCGAGUGCGACUGCCGAGAAUGGGGCUCACCUGCCUCCGUUAGAAAUAUCGACAGCUCCGCCCGACGACGCUCGCGCUGCGACACUCUCUGCCAGCUCAGUAUCAGCGCCGCUUGUGCCUUCCCCAGCCUGUCCAGCAUCACCCGCAGCUACGACGACGUCUACGCCAGCACUUCCGCUCGGCUCUCAAGGGCAUGACGAGUCCGCCUCCGGUCGGCGACAAGAAGUUGAGGCAUCGGUGCGGGCUGCACUCCUCGCCGGGCAAAAUGUAAUCGUGGACAGAGUCAAUUUCGAUCCUACACAGCGCGGCCACUUCCUGGCUAUCGCGCAGCAAACUGGAGCACGGCCACUUUCGAUCGUCUUGAAAGCACCGUUCGACAUCCUACGACAACGCCUGCUGGACCGGACAGAUCACCCGACGCUUAAAGACUCGGAGACAGCGUUGAAAGUUCUUGGUCGCAUGAGGCGCGAGCUGGUCUAUCCGCAAACUUACGAGGGUUUCCAGCGCGUGCUUUUCGUUGACAGUGAGGGCGACUGGACGAAGGAGAGGUUGGUGAACACGCUGGAGAAGCUGGAGAGGGAAGGUACGACGGGGCAAAAGCCUCGCCGUGGCGGGUAUGGUGGUGAAUACAGAGGACAUGGGGAGAUCAGAGGAGGAGGACGAGGAGGAUACAGGGGCACAUUCUCCGGGCCAAGAGACGUACCGCCAGCAUCCAGAGGCGGCUUGGGCGGUUUUGGAGGACGAGGAUACCAGCCAGCGCCAAGAGGUGGUUACCGAGGCGGCCCCGCGGUUGACAGAGGCCGUGUAGCCUACUCCCGAGGUGGGUAUCAAGGCGACCGGCCCGCUGGGAACGCCACAUAUCGUGCACCGGCCGGUUACGAUGGCUCGCCGAGGACUGGGUACAGAGGGAACAGGGAUGGCGAACUCGCCUUCCCCAUCAGCAACCAUGCAGCGGAAGUAGCUUGGAACGGCCCGACUGGCUCCAACAUAUCUCGAUACGACGCGGCGGGCUUGCCACCCCGGCCGCCGCAUCCUCUGUCCGGUUCAGGUGCUGUGAGUGACUCUGUUCCACGAGAGUAG